AUGGACGCGGUCAAUAAAAACCUGGGAUACACGGUCAUGUCACCGGUUCAGGCGGCCACGCUGGAACCUAUCCUUCAGGGUAAGGACUGCCUUGCACAGGCGAAAACUGGUACGGGCAAGACACUCGCAUUUCUCAUCCCUGCUAUCCAGACUCUUCUCGCUUCUCCGCCGUCCCAGCCCCGAAGUAUUCGUGCUGUCGUCAUCUCCCCUACGAGAGAAUUAGCCAGGCAAAUUUCGAAGGAGGCCGAGGUCCUGACGAAGGGAAUCCCAGAAAUUCGCAUACAUACGUCCACCGGGGGCACGAACGUCAAUACUGACUCUCGUGUGAUCCUCACGCGCCCAGAUCUGCUUGUUGCGACACCAGGGCGCCUCAAGGACCAUCUCUCAGAUCCACAACGCCUCGCCUGCUUUGGCAAACUCGACUUUCUGGUACUGGACGAGGCGGAUAACCUCGUGGACCAGGGAUUCUACCCAGAGAUUCGAGCCAUCAUGCAGACUCUUCCACCUUCUCAAAGACAGACUCUACUGUUCUCGGCCACGAUACCGCCGGAAGUGAAGACCAUCGCGUCCACCAUCCUCAGUCCAGGUUAUGUUCACAUCAGUACAAUCUCCCCCGAUGACGUUAGCACCCACGAGCGAGUUCCUCAGACUGUGAUCACAGCUCCUUUGAAUGAGCUUCCUGCCCUUGCACUCACCCUCCUCCGUCAAGAACUCAAAAAGGCGAAUGGCCAGGUGAAAGCCAUCUUCUUUUAUCCAACGGCUCGCCAAGCACAGCUCGCCGCCGAACUCUACUCCAAACUCUCCCCGCCUCUUCCUUUGCCGGUGCUAGAGAUUCACUCGCGGUUGUCCCAAUCGAAGCGUGACAACGUGGCCAAGACGUUCCGAGAGGUCAAAUCAGCUCUCCUUUGUUCGAGCGACGUAACGGCCCGUGGUAUGGACUUUCCGGACGUGACCCACGUAUUCCAGAUCGGGAUGCCUUCCUCGCAGGAGCAGUAUAUCCAUCGGGUGGGCCGUACGGGGCGCGCUGGCAAGGCUGGCCAAGGAUUCCUACUCCUCGCUCCCUUUGAGACCGUCUUCUUGAAGGAAAUCGCAAGCAUACCGAUCACACCAGGACGCACCGCGCCUGCCAGCACAGAUUUAGAUGCAACUUGGAAAGCUAUGUCAAAGGUCAACCGUUUGACCAAGGAACGCACGUACGAGGCAUGGCUGGGCCUUUACAAGGGCUCGCUCAGGAAGCUCAACUGGAAACCGACUCAGCUGGUUCAAACCGCGAAUGAUAUGGCCACGUCCGGGUUUCUGCUUCCAGAGCCACCCCUCAUGUGGACAACACUUGCUCGUAAGAUGAACCUGAGCGACGUUCCAGGGUUGCGAUUAUCCAAGCAAAAGCCGUUGCGAGAUAGCAACUAG